GGCAGAUAUUGUAGUUAGGUUGUGUUUUGUGAUUAUCGGUGUGCGUACACGCGCGCAGGAAGCUCGCGUACCCGAUCGCCUGCUUCAUACUGCACAGCUCUCUCUUGGAAUUCAUCAGGAGAGGCUUGGGAGACUUGUACACCGAUAUACUAGAGAGGGAAGUCGCAUCAACCUUGACGCCGGGCUCUGGCCUCUUUACCACGGCAACUGGGAUCGAACCUCAUCAUAUAGACUAGAGCCGACCACAUUGCAACGAUGUUGAGGUUACGCACUCGAGUGGUUGAACUAAGCAUGGCCGGCACUGCCCACCUGGCACAAAUAUUGCCAGGCAAUGGCCGAUUGCUUGGAUACCGGUUGCCAUACCAGCUUCUGGCGUGUAAGCAGACGACAUGUGCGACCGACCCGAAUGUGAAAGAAAGACCAAUAAAGAAACUUCUGGUAGCAAAUAGAGGGGAGAUUGCGGUCAGAGUGUUCCGAGCAUGUCAGGAGCUGAAUAUACGCUCGGUGGCGAUAUACUCCGAGCAGGAUAGGUACAAGAUGCACCGACAGAAGGCAAAUGAAUCCUACCUAAUAGGAAAAGGGUUGGAACCCGUAGCUGCCUACCUAAACAUACCGGAGAUUAUACAGAUAGCUCUGGACAACAAUGUGGAUUCCAUUCACCCGGGCUAUGGCUUCUUAUCAGAGCGUUCCGAAUUUGCCCAGGCCUGCGUUGAUGCAGGACUCAAUUUCAUUGGACCUACACCUGAUAUCGUGCAGAAGAUGGGAGACAAAGUGGAAGCCAGGAAGAUGGCUAUAGCUGCAGGUGUGCCGGUGGUUCCUGGCACUCCAGGACCUGUCACCACAGUUGACGAGGUGAUGGAAUUUGUGGCAGAUCAUGGAAUGCCCAUCAUCCUGAAGGCAGCUUUCGGCGGUGGUGGCCGCGGAAUGAGGAUUGUCAGAGAGCAGAAGGAACUUGAGGAUGCUUUUAGAGUAGCGACCUCAGAAGCUCUGGCAGCCUUCGGCAAUGGUUCCAUGUUCGUCGAGAAAUUCGUAGAGAGGCCCCGACACAUAGAAGUGCAGAUUCUAGGUGACAAGCAUGGUAACAUUUCCCAUCUGUAUGAGAGGGAUUGCUCUGUGCAGAGAAGACAUCAGAAAGUGGUGGAAAUAGCACCUGCACCAAACAUCGAACCCGAGGUGCGUGAGGCGCUGUGCGCGGACGCGGUGCGCCUAUGCCACCAUGCCAACUACGAGAAUGCCGGGACGGUGGAGUUCCUACUCGACAAGGCCAGCAACCACUUCUUCAUCGAGGUGAACGCGCGGCUGCAGGUGGAGCACACCGUCACGGAGGAGAUCACGGGAGUGGACUUGGUUGUAUCACAGAUCAGAGUGGCUGAGGGCAAGACGCUAUGGGACAUCGGGGUUACUCAGGAUAUGAUCAACCUUAAUGGCUGUGCUAUCCAGUGCCGGAUGACUACUGAGGACCCGGGAAGGAACUUCCAGCCUGAUGCGGGCAGGAUUGAGGUGUUCCGCACAGGGGAGGGCAUGGGCAUCCGUCUCGACGGCUCGGACGCGUUCGCGGGCGCCUACAUCUCGCCGGACUACGACUCGCUGCUAGUCAAGGUCAUCGCUCACGCGCGCAACCACCACACGGCUGCCGCGAAGAUGAACCGCGCUCUAAGAGAAUUCCGCAUACGUGGCAUAAAGACGAACACACCAUUCCUGUUGAACGUGCUUGAGAACAAGCGGUUCUUGAACGGCACGAUCGACACCUACUUCAUUGACGAGCAUCCCGAGUUGUUCAAGUUUGCGCCGACCUUGAACCGCGCUCAGCGUCUGCUCAUCUACCUCGGCAACACGAUCGUCAACGGGCCGCAGACGCCGCUAGCGACAACGCUCUUGCCGUCACGCACCGAGCCGAAGCUGCCGGAGACGCCCGGACAACGAGUGCCGCCUCCAAAGGGCUACAAGCAUAUCCUAGACACAGAGGGGCCAGAGGCGUUCGCCCGUGCUGUCAGGAAACACGAGGGCCUGCUACUCAUGGACACGACAUAUCGUGAUGCCCAUCAGUCCCUGCUAGCGACCCGAGUGAGGACCUAUGACCUCAAGCGCAUCUCGCCGUUUGUUGCGCACAACUUUAACAAUCUGUAUGCGCUGGAAAACUGGGGAGGUGCGACAUUCGACGUGGCAAUGCGCUUCCUCUACGAGUGUCCAUGGGAGAGGCUGGCGGCACUGCGCAAGCUCAUCCCCAACGUACCCUUCCAGAUGCUGCUGCGAGGAGCGAACGCCGUCGGUUACACGACAUACCCAGACAAUGUCGUGUUCGAGUUCUGCAAGUUGGCUAAGCAGUGCGGCAUGGACAUAUUCAGGGUUUUUGACUGCCUAAACUACAUGCCCAACCUAAUACUGGGAAUGGAAGCUGCUGGCAAAGCUGGCGGUGUGAUAGAGGCAGCUAUAUCGUACACUGGUGACGUGGCCGAUCCAUCUAAGACCAAAUACACACUCGACUACUACAUGAAUUUGGCAGAUGAAUUGGUCAAGGCGGGGACACACAUACUGGCAAUCAAGGACAUGGCCGGCGUGAUGAAGCCCCGGGCGGCCACGCUGCUGAUCGGCUCGCUGCGUGAGAAGUACCCCUACCUGCCGAUACACGUGCACACGCACGACACGGCCGGCGCCGGCGUCGCGUCCAUGUUGGCGGCGGCGCAUGCGGGAGCGGACGUCGUCGACGUAGCCGUCGAUUCCAUGUCCGGCAUGACGUCGCAGCCGAGCAUGGGAGCGAUGGUCGCAUCCGUGCAGGGUUCCGACCUGGACACAGGCAUCGACCUGAAGAAGGUGUAUGCGUACUCGGCGUACUGGGAGCAGGCGCGGCUGCUCUACGCGCCCUUCGAGUGCUCAGUGACGAUGAAGAGCGGCAAUGCGGACGUGUACGAGCACGAGAUUCCCGGCGGCCAGUACACGAACAUGCAGUUCCAGGCGUUCAGCCUCGGCCUUGGCGAGCAGUUUGAGGAGGUGAAGAAGGCCUACAUCGAUGCCAACCACCUGCUGGGCGACGUCAUCAAGGUGACGCCGUCUUCCAAGAUCGUCGGAGACUUGGCGCAGUUCAUGGUGCAGAACAAACUGAGUAAGCAGGACGUAGAGGACAGGGCAGAUGAGCUCUCCUUCCCAGUGUCGGUGAUCGAGUUCUUCCAGGGAGUGCUUGGCAGGCCAUACGGAGGCUGGCCCGAACCGCUGCGCACAAAGAUCCUGCGUGGGAAAAAGUCUUUGGACGAGCGGCCAGGAAUGCAUAUGGAACCACUUGACCUGCAUAAGUUGAAACACGAUCUCAUCGAGAAACACGGCGAGGACAACAUCAACGAAUAUGAUGUCAUGAGCGCUGCCAUGUAUCCCAAGGUGCUCGAUGACUACAAGAACUUCUAUAGGCUGAAUGGGCCGGUGACCACACUACCCACAGGUCUGUUCUUCGUUGGUCCAAAGAUCGCUGAGGAGUCAACGGUUGAAAUCGAGACAGGAAAGACGUUACAUAUCUCCACUCUGGCGAUGUCUGAGCUCAACUCUCAGGGCCGGAGGGAGGUGUUCUUUGAGUUGAAUGGACAGUUGAGAACUUUGCUCAUCAAGGAUUUGUCAGCACAGAAGUUGAUUUCACACCAUCCCAAGGCAGAUAAGGAGAUUAAGUCACAGGUUGGAGCACCUAUGCCCGGCACAGUCGUUGACAUAAGAGUCAAGGCUGGUGAUGAGGUUGAGAAGGGCGAUCCACUCGUGGUUCUUUCUGCCAUGAAGAUGGAGAUGGUUGUGAAUGCAACCAAGGGAGGCACGGUCAAGCAGGUCCAUGUUAAGAAUGGACAGAAGCUGGAGGGUGAGGACCUGCUCGUUGAGAUGGAGGAGGAGUAAACUUGUCAUUACAACUCAUCACGAUGUAGCUGCUAAAAUAUUCGCACGCGCGCGUGCGUAAAUGCGCAUACACAUACAUACAGCUUGUUUUGCGACCAACUCUACCGAUGGUGAUGGAUGAUUCUGUGAAGGGAAUUGCCUGGAGGUGGCGCCAUGAACACUUGCAUAUUUGGGUGUUGCUAUCUCCCGGGCGUGGAGGGAGGUCACGUGAUAACGUUGACGAUGACGUUCAAAACGUUAACCCUAACGGUAACCCUCAA